AUGUUCUCACCGCAAUCAAAAGACCACGGAGAGCUCUUCGACUUUGAGCUAAUUGGGGCCGUCGACGACGUACAAGGGAGACAGACCGUCGACGGGCCGACAUCAAAGAUAGUCAAGGACCACCAAGUAUCCUCGACGCCUACUGAUCCUAAUUCUUCGCCCGUCGAUUUAAGGCAUCUGUCCAAGGUUCUCUCAUGUAGGCCCCCGUAUUACCCCGGUCCAGGUCUGAUUGCGCACCUAUCACAGCCUUUCGAGAAUCCAUUCCCACAGCCGUGGAGCAGCUUAUACUUCUUCCAGUUUAAUGAUGCAGUGGAUACCAAUUAUUCCGGCGAGUUGCUCAUGUUCAGACCUGGGCGACCAACCGCCGGUCCACACCAGCUCACGAUGUCAACGACGGCUAAGGCCGUCUAUGUAUCUGCGGAUGUAAACCAGGAUAGUGAUCGACGAAUCUUGAGACGCAUGCGUAAGGAAAGGGAAAUAUUUUCGUCAGUACCAACUCAAGAUAUGAAUAUGGAUGAGCCGUCAACCCCAGCAAAGGGUUUGUUCCCGGACCAGCCCAACCCCUUCACCCCUUUCUGUGGGUGGUUAUUCGAUCCCCAAAAGCAGUUGCCUCUAUGGGCAUUUUUACCUAACCAGGGGGAAGAUUUAAAAUGGGGUGUUUCUCCAAAUUUAGAAAAGAAAGGGGGCAAAAAGAUUGAGGACGUCUCGGGAACUGAGACACCUCCCAAGUUUACAUGA